AAAAUCAAGAUUUACGGAAAAACGUGAUUUAGAAAAAGCAAAAAAACAAAAAAAAAAAAAGAAAUAAAAAGCUACUGAUUACGUGAGCUUUACAUAAAUGCAGUAAACGUCACGUUUUCAGCAACAUUAUUAGCAUCUUUACAAUCGGCCCCACCGACAUUCUGCUACAUAUAUUUUAUCUGCUGGUUAUUAAAAAAAAAAUAAAUAAUAUCAUCAUUCCGCCGCAACAGCAGUUAAUGUUUAAAGCGUUUACGCUGCCCACAAAAAUAAUAAAUAAAAUUUCCAGUGAAUAUUCGCAAAUUCCUAAAAUUGUUAACAUCAUCGCAACGACCAACAACAACACUAUCAUCAUUAUUCCACAACAGCGUAACAACAUUAUUGAGAGCAAAGUUGUUAGGCGCCAUAAAAUUAAAGACAAAGUAAUGGAACCGUAUUGGAGCGACGCAAAUGGACAUGCUCCGCAUUCGGUGAAGUAUGAGAGUGCUUUUACUUACUUGGCAAUACGCUAUUUCGACGGUGAAGCAGCUGUGUCGAGUUUUCCUUAUUGCACAGAAUCUAGUUUAAAUUUUUCUACAAACGCGACCGGCUACAGCGAGGAUGAUGCAGAAUAUGCCAACGGAAGACGUAAUAAAACUUCGAGGCAAGAUCCAUUGUCACAUCGGAUCAUUGAGAAGAGACGACGCGAUCGGAUGAAUUCAUGUUUGGCCGAUCUGUCACGCCUAAUCCCACCGCAAUAUCAACGUAAAGGGCGUGGUCGCAUCGAGAAAACGGAAAUUAUCGAAAUGGCCAUAAGACAUUUGAAACAUUUACAAAGCGAAUGCCUGCAGAAAGAGAACGAAUACCGUAUGGGCUAUACCGACUGUAUGAAGGAGACCGCAAAAUUCUUAUACGAUAGUCAAAUGCAAGAGUUCUGUUAUCGUCUAUUAGCCCGUUUACAAGAACAUUGUGACGAGAUCAUGAAAAGUGAAUGUUUUAGAAGUCGCAGUUGUCACGUGGCCGAUAAUGUUAGCGCUUCGAGUGGCAGUCCGCAUCAAUCAUUUCAUACAGCUCCGCCUUUAUGCCAGUUACGUGACAUAUUGGGUGCUUCGGAUAUUGAGCAUAGUAAUGAUCACAAUGAUGUUAAAGAUCUUAGCUUUCGCAAUCAUUUGCAUCAAUUACAAAGAAAUGCCGGUACUCUAAAUGGCAACAGUGCUACGGAUCAACAUCAUCAUACCGGACCGACAAAUCAUAAUACUAAUAGCGUAAGCAGCAAUGCGACUACAAUUUCUCCACCGAUGAUGACUUCAAAUACAGCGACCAGCUCUACAAAUUCAACUGUUAAUAAUGGUAGUGCAACGUCGCAAUUGCCUCAUCAAGCUCCAAUUAUAACCUCAACAGCGACAACGUCGCUGCAUCAUCACACUGACUCCAGCAAUCAUGAUUUUGAUUCGUCACGUGAACCUAUGCUGCACACGGACACAUCUAAUAUGCAUUCUCCUCCGCCGCGUAGCACUUUGCUUACACUUCAUAGUCAUCAGCAUCUUAGUCAUCAUCACGAUAAUCUUCUGCAAGGACGUUUGCGAAAUUUUUCCGAAUCUUCGCACGAUGUUGAACAUAACAAUAAUUAUAAAUAUAAAAAUCAUAUUAAAGAACGUUUCAAUCAUGAACUGCACGAUGAGGAGACCUCUAGUGAACACUGCCCUGCCCCACCAUUACUGCAAAGUGACCAUUCGCAUGCGCAUUCCGAACAUUCUAAAGAUGGUACAGAGCCUGAAAUUGCACCGAUUAUAGCGAAAAAACGUAAACUGGCUGAGGCAGCCAAUAAUCAUAAUGAAGCAACAAUGGACGAAAGUAAUUUGAGGAUAGCAAGUAAAGGCGGAUGCACAAACAAUGCCGUUUUGUUGACUAAUAUUGGGCGCGAGGAGAAACCGUUUGCUGCUUUUAGUGAAAUAAAAACCGAAACUAUACCUGCUGGAUUUUUGACGAACAAUAAAGGUCACUUGAAUGCGCCCACAAGUACGACCACACCACUGCCUACACGCAGUUUUGCGGUGCCAAUAUUUGCCCUACAUAGUCAAGGAACCUAUUAUGUGCCACUUAAUGUGGACUAUAAUGUAUUGGUGCCAUUCCUGAACGGGGUUGAUCUCCUCGAAAAGAAUUAUGCCACCAUGCCAGUGGUGCAUCCUAUCAAUAUUAAUGUCAACUUUGUACCCACCUCCUCCUCCUCCACGUCGCUAUUAGCGGCUGCGGCUGCAGCUGCUGCCGUUGCUGCUGGUAAACAGCAGCCGCCGCUUAAUACAGCCAAAGGAAAACUUGAAGCAAUUACUAAUUCUAACGGCUGGUAAACUCAAUUCUUCCCGCUUAGCGAUCUGCUGACAGAUCGGAAGAUAUGGAACACUUACGGUAUUAUCAGUAACCUACUCUAAUAUGUGAACACAUUUAUAUAAACUUACUCAACACAUACACACACACACACUAAAAAAAAUAAAU